GUCUUGGUCUAGCGAUGAGUCAGUUUGUUUUUGUACUCCCAGCUGAGAACUACUUAUCGCUUAGUGCUGAAUCUAACCGAGAGACUUUCCUGUGUGCCUUUGCUGCCCGAUUUCACAUUUAUAUAAUUCGAUUAUUACUAUUUAGUACUUAGUUCUUUGCAUACACUACGCGUAGCAUGAGACAACGAAUUCUUAGGAACAACAAAGCCCUGAAACGUCGCCAGCAGCAGGAUAAUUUAAAUCAAAACUGUUGUUUGAGUAAACGCUGCAACUAUGAAAAUAUCUGGCAGCAUUUUAAGCGCAAUGCAACCCUUGAGGAAAUUCGCCAUGCGGCCGCACGCAUUUGCCGGGACUAUCUAACUGGGCGCUGGAAAGUGGUUACUCCGGAAAAUUUGGUGGUGAAGCGCAUAAGUGGAGGUCUGUCAAACUUCUUGUAUUACGUAAGUCUUCCCGACUUGGACGACUUCGAUGAGCUGGAGGAGCAACAACACCAGAUUGCAAAUGGCAACGUAGGCAAAGGCGUCAUUGCCGCCGCAGCCUUGUCCAAUAACAGCCACGUUUUCGCACGCGACGAUGAGAAGUCAACCAAGGCGGUGGGCGUGACAUCGGUGGCCACGGAAUUGCCGAAUAACGACGACGACGACGAUGACGACGCAGCGACUAGCGCAAAACAGGCGAACAAGCGUCAGCGGUUCGAUAGCGAUAGCCGCGACUCGAGUUCGUUGAAGCGAUUGCACGCCCCCAAACAGGAACCCCGUGAGGUCCUGCUGCGCAUCUAUGGACAGACACACGGCGAUCACGCGCUGGAGAGCAUGAUCACCGAGUCGGUGGUCUUCGCUCUACUCAGUGAGAGGAACUUCGGACCCAAGCUGCACGGCAUCUUUCCCGGCGGACGCAUCGAACAAUAUAUUCCGGCCCGUGCGUUGACUACAGCAGAAUUAGGAGAGCAGCGCAUAUUAAUGAAAGUGGCUGAGAAAAUGGGUGAGAUCCACAGUCUCAACAUACCCAUGUCCAAGGAGCCGGACUGGAUAUGGAACUGCAUGGAGCGGUGGGUUUCCGGGUUCGAGAACAUUGUGAAGGGAAAUGUGCAAUCGAAACCGAAGUCGUCUGUGCUGGAGAAGCAAAUGGAACUGAUGCGCACCUUCGACUAUGUGCAAGAGGUCGCCUGGAUAAGAUCGGUCAUUGACGACGGAGAUUAUCCAGUUGUGUUUUGCCACAACGAUCUGCAGGAGGGCAACAUUUUGCUGCGACAGGCGCUAACUGGUCCGACCGAACGCACGCCGCGGGAGUCGAUUAGUAGUCUGAGGUCAAACUUCGACGAAACUUUGGGCGACAGCCUUGAUGGCAAUAGCAACAUUUCGGAACCGGAGAUCAACAAAUCGAGCAGCGUAUCGCCGUCGCCCUGCCCGGAGUUGGACACCACUAAUGACUCGGCGCUGGAUGCCAGCUUCACUACCGAUAAUGAGCCGGAUCUCAUCAUCAUUGAUUUUGAGUACUGCGCGUAUAACUACCGCGGUUAUGAUCUGGCCAACCACUUCAUCGAGUGGACGUUCGACUACACCAAUCCGCAGUUCCCUUACUUCUACCACAACUCCGACAACUGUGCGACCGUGCAGCAGCGGCGCGACUUCAUUGUGAACUAUCUAAAGAAGUAUCACGAAGACGAGAACUAUAAUCCCACUGGCCAGGAGCUGGACAAGGUGGAUGCCGAAAUCCAGUUCUUCACAAUGCUUUCUCAUCUCUUCUGGAGUCUGUGGUCCGUGAUUAAUGUCACGUCGGCCAUUGAGUUUGGUUAUUGGGAAUACGGUAUUGCUCGAAUUCUCGAGUAUCAAAAGCUAAAGGCGGCCUAUUUAGCUAAAUGAGAGCGGAUGGUUAAACAAGGGUCAAAUAUCAACAACCUUCACUUAAAUCGAAUCAACACCGUACUUAAGUGGCCUUAAACAUUAAAUUCCCUGUGCUCCCCGUCUCUCAGUGCCCUUCCCUAGCAAAGAGUUCGUACUAGUUGGCCAACAACCAGGUUUUUCACACAACUUCAAUAUUUCACAAGGAAAAUGUAAAGAUAUCGAACUAUUCAGAAAGACUAACUUAUUUUUGUAUAGAAAAAGUAGCUACUUAGAACUGAUAAAGCUAAAAGGAAAAGUUAUAAUACCAAUUACUGCUGUGAUUAUUACGUGAGACAGAUGACAGAUGUCAGAUGAUAGAUACCUUCAAUUGUUGCUCCUGUUGCGGAUUGAGCUUGUCCAAACAGAUUCGAUCGAAAGUAUUACAGGCAGCACCCACACACAGCACAACCCUAGAUAUCAUAUUGAACGCAGGCUCAUUCUACGAUUAAAUGCAUUCUAUCUUUCGAAUUUAUUGCUUAUUCGAAUUUGUUUGUUUUUAAACUUCAAAAAUUAGAUUCGUUUCUAAGUAUUAUUUUGCAUUCUUCUCACGAGUUGCCACACUACGUUGUACUUCUAUGCACUAAAGGCUCAGUUACUUCUUUAUCCCAAUUCUUUUUAUAUUUGCUCAGUCGAGGAAAUCAUGCGAGUUAACAAGCUCGUCCAGCAACCAUCGUGUGUUUUAUGUACCUACCUAACUAUACCAUAUUCCUUAUUAGCAAGUAAUUGAAUGUUUUUAGAUCUUAUUAUAUUUUGGCGUGUAUUUUUAAUAAAUAAAUAUUAGAAACUAAA